AACCAUACCUUAUCUUCAACCUCUUUUCAAAAUAAACUAUCCCAAUUUAUUCAUAAUCUUACAAAUUCAACUUCUCCAUUUCGUUCAAUUUUUCUCCACUUAUCAACAGUAUACGUCCAUAUAUUCAUUCACUCUCUGACUAAAAUAUUUGUAUAUAUAUCUACUCCUAAAGGGUUUUAAUUAUUGAACAAUUAUUCAUCCAUUAUUGUCAUGGAAGAAGUUGAUGUUCCACCCUAUUUUCUAUGCCCCAUAUCUCUAGAAAUAAUGAAGGACCCGGUGACGAUCUCCACCGGCAUAACCUACGACCGGAAAAACAUCGAGAAUUGGAUAUUUUCCGUCAAGAAAACCUCAUGUCCGGUCACCCAACAACCCGUCUCCGACAACGAGUUGAUCCCAAAUGUCACACUCCGGCGAGUCAUCCAGUCGUGGUGCACCCUCCACGCCUCCCUCGGAGUCGAGCGGUUCCCGACUCCGAGGCCGCUGGUCAGUAACUCUCAUAUCUCAAAGCUCCUCCGGGAAGCCUCUUCUUCGCCGGAAACAAGAGUCAAAUGUCUUCAAGACCUAAAGUCCAUUGCUUCACAAAAUGAGGCGAAUAAACGUGGCAUGGAGAACGCCGGCGUGCCGGAGUUCUUGGCCUCAAUCAUAAACUCCGGCGAGGAUCUCACUCAAACCGAAGAUGCCCUUUGUUUGAUCAACAACCUAGGAUUAUCCGAAACAAGUCUGAGGAUGAUCCUAGGACGUGACACAGUGUUCAUUAACGCAUUAGUUUCUGCCAUGCAACGUGGGACCUACGAAACCCGGUUUUACGCGGUCAACCUUCUUAAGUCAAUGCUAGCUUUCGCCGAGCCAUUCCAGCUCACGAGCUUAGACGCUCGUUUUUUCCGGGAGCUAGUCCUCGUCUUGAGGGAAAACUUUUCCCAGAAGGCCUCGAAAUGCGUGCUGCAGAUCUUGACGGCCGUCUGCCACAAAGGGCGGAACCGAAUCAGGGUGGCCGAGGCCGGCGCGGCGGCGGUGCUGAUCGACCUACUGCUCGACUCGAGUGACAGGAGAUGUUGCGAGUCGAGCCUGGUCAUACUUGAGCAGCUCUGCCAGUGCGCCGAAGGGCGGGCAGAGCUGCUCAAGCACGCUGCCGGGCUGGCAGUCGUGUCGAAAAAAAUCUUGAGGGUUUCGCAGCUGGCGAGCGAGAAGAGCGUGAGAAUACUGUAUUCUGUGUCUAGGUUUUCCGGCAGCCCGGGAGUGGUUCAAGAGAUGUUGCAGCUGGGAGUGGCUGCAAAGCUAUGCAUGGUUUUGCAGAUUGAUUGUGGGAGCAAAAUUAAGGAGAGAGCUGCAGAUAUCCUUAAAAUGCAUGCUAAGGAAUGGAAGAACUCUCAGCAGUGUGUUCCCCUGCUGGCUUUGAUUUACCCUACCCAAUCCCAUGGUAGAUAAUUAGACAGGAGUAAAUUAAACCAUGGGUAAAUGGCUAAGAUUUACCGAGCAAAAGUAAUAUGGAAAUUUUAUGCGACAUUAUUUCUAUGAGGUUUUGACAUGAAUAUUACUAAAA